UCGCUGCGGCAGAAUGUCACAUUUCUCCGGCAGCUCUCGGAGGAAGACCUCCGCCCUGUGGAACAUCUGCUGCGCUUCUCCUUCUUCUUCUUCUCCUUCUUCUCCUUCUCCUUCUCCUUCUUCUUCUUCUUCUUCUUUGGUUUGUUUUGUGUUUUUUGGAGCUGAGUGGAAACUAAAGAUGAAGUGACUCAGUGGAGGAUCAGAGGAGCUCCUCUCUCCUCCUCUCCUCCUCCUCUCCUCCUCUCCUUUCUUCACUUGUUUCCUCCUCUCCUCCUCCUGGAUGCAGACUCUCCUUCCUCCACUCACCGUGGGCUCCUCACAGCCUCACGUGCUCCUCUUCCUCCUCCCGUGUCUCCGUCAGGUCUGUGCGUAAAGUCCAAACCGUGCCCAGCACCAGCAGCAGCACCAGGACCAGGACCAGCACCAGCAGCAGGACCAGCACCAGGACCAGCACCGAGCCUUCCCCUCUCCACGCCGGGCUGUGAGAGAGUUCCCCCCGGCUGUCCCCUCUCUGUGUCGCCGUCAUGGACGUGUUCCGGAGCCGCCUGUUGGGGAUCUCCGUGGCCGUGGCGCACGGCGUGUUCUCCGGCUCUCUCAACAUCCUGCUCAAGUUCCUCAUCUCCAACUAUCACUUCAGCUUCCUGACGCUCAUCCAGCUGCUGACCAGCAGCACCGCGGCGCUCACGCUGGAGACCCUGAGGCGGCUGGGCAAGAUCCAGAUCCCCCCGUUCAGCCUGCAGCUGUGCAAGGAGUUCGGCUCGGUGUGCAUCCUCUCCACGCUGCAGUCCACCCUCACGCUCUGGUCUCUUCGUGGCCUCAGCCUGCCGAUGUACGUCGUGUUCAAGCGCUGCCUGCCGCUCUUCACGCUCAGCAUCGGCGUGUGCAUCCUGAGGAACGGCGUGCCGUCCGUCGGCGUGGUGAUCGCCGUGAUCAUCACCACCGGAGGAGCUGCACUCGCUGGUGCUGGUGAUCUCACCGGCGAUCCCUUCGGUUACAUCACCGGUGUGUUGGCAGUCAUCGUCCACGCCUCCUACCUGGUCCUGAUCCAGAAAACCAGUCUGGACAGUGAGUACGGACCACUCACAGCGCAGUAUGCCAUCGCCAUCAUGGCCUCCCCGGUGCUCCUCGUGUGCUCCCUCAUCUCCAUGGACACCAUCAACAUGUGGACGUACGAGGGCUGGAAGGACCCCCACAUCACAGUCAUCUUCGUCUUCUGCGUCUUCAUUGGCUGCGCCAUGAACUUCACCACGCUGCACUGCACCUACAUCAACUCCGCCGUCACCACCAGCUUCGUCGGCGUGGUCAAGAGCAUCGCCACCAUCACCGUUGGCAUGUUGGCGUUCAAUGACGUUGCGCCGACUAGGUUGUUCAUCGGCGGCGUGGUGGUCAACACCAUCGGCUCCAUCACCUACUGUGUGGUCAAAUACUUUGAGACGAAGAAGAAGAGCUUGUACGAGGACCUGGAAGAGGCCGGGAAGGACGGCACGCCACCUGGUGAACCGUACCAAGAGAAACCGCCGCUGAACGGCGACGGACCUGCUGCGGACCCAGGAAAUCCGGAGAUGGAGGGAGUGUUGAGCGGUGACGGGAAGGAGGAGGCAGCGCUGGAUGGCAUGGCUAAUGGAGUGGUGUGGACAGGAGACGGAGAGACGGGCGUGAAUUCCCGCGUCAUGACGGAAAAGGAGGUGCAGGAGAUGCAGAGGGAGCACCUACAAAAGGAGAACACCGUCACCUCUGGUCCAUCAGCUAGUGACAGCUAUGUCGGGGUGUGGAGGUCCAUCAGACAUCUGCAGUUUAUGAAGAAAGAGCCUUUGAUUGAUAACAUGGAGCAGCAGAGUCCAUGAGGGCUCUGAGACCUGGACAGACUCUAGAAAUGAAAACUGAGUAAUCAGAGGAAAGAAAAGAGACGGGCAGAAUAAAAGACAGUCCAUGACGUCGAUGAUGAAACGAACAUGGACGGAGCUGCCCCGUCACUGAUAACUUCUGCCUCUUUGCGGCGUCUUGCGGGGAUCGCGGUGUUGCAUGAUUCGCUUUGGAUUGCGUCCCCGCUGAUUAGCCAGCUAGCCAAAAAAAAAAAAAAAGCAGGUCUUGUAGGAAACUCAGAAAUCACUUUGAAUCAGGGAGCGGCCGGAAGUUUCUGUUUGGUUGUGUGAACCUGGGUGAAUUGUUGUUUCUGAUCGGCUGUGAAUUAAAACCUUUAAACACUAAUGCGAACUAAUCUCCGGCUACGUUUACACGGGUCUGGUUUUGUACCUGCAGCUCGACGGUCUCGCCGGUUUACUGCUGCUUCAUCAGCGACUAACGUAUGAAUUCAUGUGGCGUCAUGUUGUAUUUUGUUGUUCCUGUUUUCUCCCUGCACAGUUUAUUCAUCAUCGUACAGUUACAGCUGACUCCACCUGUACGACGUCUUCAAAGAGGUGGUAACAGAUAACUAGCCAGUCAAUCAAAGUAGCUGUCCAACCUGGUUUAUGGUCAGUUAGUUAACUUCCAUCGACUCUACGAACCACGACUACAGCAUAACGUAGUUUCAGUUUCAUGUGCCAACGUUUGAGAUCUCUGAACACCGUCACCGACGCCGCCUCAUUGUGUUCUAUGUGGAUUUCCUCUCUUGCUCCUGUUCAUCACAGGCAGCUCGGCUCUGUCUAAUUAAAGGUCAAAAACACACUUGAACUGAAGCUCGUCACAUCUUUACGUAUCUCGUUGUAUCUUUAGCUUCAGAGAGUUCCCGGCUAAUAUUUGAUAGACACGGUUUGAAAGUCGGUCGUGUAUCCGAGCUGAAUUUGUCGUCUUGAUUUCUGUGUUGAGCUGUAGACAAGAAACACUCGUCUCCUCUCCAUCAAACAUCGUUUCUGCAUCGUCUCUCUUUAAGCUACAGGCGUCUUGGAUCGUGUGCAGAGAAAAAGCUGCCAGCCGGUGAUGUUGAUUAUUAUCGAUUUCUUCUUCUCACACUCCCCAAACUUCAUUUAACGCUACAAAAGAUCUGAUGCCGCCUCGAGCUGCAGCAAACAGGGUGCCGGCUGCUUCAGACGUUCUUCUGACCAUUUUACUAAAGACGUGAAUAUCUUUGUUAAAGCAUGACGUGACGUGUGACUUGUUUGUUUGGUGUUUUUUGGGUGAUGAUGAGUCAGUGGGCACCGCCAUGAUAAACUGUUGGUAUGUGAUGUGUAACCGUCAACAUGGAUCAUGACCAAACUUGUAAAACUGAAUCCACUUUUUGUAAAUGUGAUCCAAGAUGCCAAAAGUGCAUGAAUGUAUUUGUCAAGUUUCAUGAGGCAGCUGACAUAAACUCUUUACAGACGCUCGUUUCUUGAAUAAUUUGAGCCGGAUCAGUUUAUUGUAGGUCACAUCUGUAAAAUCGAGAAAAUUAAGAUUUAUUUCACACUUCCACAACUUCCCAAUAAUUUCCUUUAAUGUUUCCUGGAAAUAACCAUUUUAAUUUGAUACCAAUUAUCAGGAAAACCGAGAGUUCAAUUCCAACGAAUUCAUUCUAAUUAAUUAAUCUUCUUUCACAGCAGUUCAGCUGAACAUGGAACCAUGUUUAAAUUAAAGACACACUGCACUCAGUGAAGUAACGGUGCUAACUGGAACCAAAAAUGGUUCUUUGGAGUGAUACAAGAACGGUUCUUUAAAGAACUCUUAAAGGUUCUUUGAAGAACCUUUAAGAGUUCCAUGUUGAACAUGGUUCCUAAAGAACCUUGUUUUGCUAAAGUUCUUUGUGGACCCAACAGAUUUAGAGGUGAAGAACCCGUUUUUAAUGGUUCUGCUGAAAAUUUAAGAAGAUGAACCGAGUUCAGACUGUAAGAAGUCGACCUGUGGUCAAAGAACACGAGCUCGUCUUGAUAUUUAUUGGAUUUAUUUUAUUUGACUUUCUUUCAUUGAUUUGUUUCCACAAUCUUCAGAUAAUGAAAAUAAUUUCAUGGUGUUACCACCAAAUAAAUUCAAUAAAGAUGAAGAACCUUCACAGAACGUUUGUGAAGAUCUCCUAAAUAAAGAAGUGAACCAGAGAACCUUUUCAGAACCAUUAUUUUUCUGAGUUCAUGUAGUCUCCAUGAAUCAGUGAGCUGGGUUCAAACGGAGCUUCACUUCCUCCCAGGAAUCAUUCAUGAGAAUCGAAGUGUUGUGUUGGUCCGUUUGUCUUUGUCAGUGUUAUUGUCUUAUUUGAUCUGGAGUGAGUGUAACUCAGUUUCCAACUGAAAUGACUUGAGUCCAGUUCAGUUUGAAGAUGGAGGCAGCAUGUUG